AUGUCAAAGUUAGAUACGUAUGGAUCUCUUUGUGAAGUUAGAGCAGCAUCAGAAAUAUUUCCGUAUGAAAUUAAAGUCUAUGAAAAUAACUGCUUUGUAGCUACGUUCGGCGAAGCACUAUGUGGAAUUAAAAGAUUAAUGUUCACUGGAAAUUUUAAUAGUGGUCAUUUCAACGCUUUAGUUCCAUUAACUGAAUUCAUCAACCAUGAUAUUGCUCAAUCAGACCGUCUUGAUGUUCAAGUAUCAUGUUCUAUCAACACGCAAACUGACGAUGCGAUAAAUUCAUCUUUUACUCAAAUUGAUUCAAAUACUGUUCUAUAUAAUUUAGAUCAAUCGAUUUCUUCUAUUCAGUCACCAUCAAAAAAAGGUCAAAAACGAAGAAAAAGAUUUUCAGGUGAAAUUAGAGCUAAACAACUUAGAGAAGCUGCUUCAAAAUACACGGAAACCCAUAAAGAAGUCAACCAAAAAGCUGUUAAACAAUACAAACAAAAUCAUCCUGAGAUCCAGAAAAAAGCUGUUAAACAAUACAAACAAAAUCAUCCUGAGAUCCAGAAAAAAGCUGUUCAAAAAUAUGUUCAAAAUCAUCUUCAAGUUAAGAAAAAAGCUCAAAAAAAUUAUCAGGCCAGAAAUCCACAUAUUUUUAGAGAAAAUUCAGUUAUAUAUCUCGAAAAAAGAUCAAAAACUAAAUUAUUGCCCUGGACUUCUAAGGCUUUUUCCGGUUUUAAAUACAACUGUCAAAUUGACUAUUCAAAAGACAAAAUUGUACAUCUUGGAUCACGGUUACCUUGCUCUUGGUGUCAUGCUCUGAAAUGGAAAGAUGAAACUGAAGGAAUGUGCUGCAGUAGCGGUAAAGUUCAACUGUCUAAGCUUGGUCCUUAUCCUGAACCCUUACAUAGUUUACUUACUCAUCAGCAUCCAUUAUCAGAACAUUUUUUUUCUAAUAUUCGUAAGUAUAAUGGAUGCUUUCAAAUGACGUCUUUCGGAGGAAAGCAGGUACGUGAAGGUAAUUUUAUGCCAACAUUUAAAAUUCAAGGACAGGUCUACCACAGAAUAGGGAGUUUAAUGGCUAGCUCUGAUCAACAGCCUUCUUUUCUUCAAAUAUAUUUUGUUGGUGAUGAUGAUAGUGAACGAGAUAUUCGUUGUGGCAUUUAUCCUGGAAUUAAUUCAAAAUUAACUCAUCAAUUGCAGAUGAUGCUUCAUGAUCACAAUAAGUAUAUUCUUGAUUUUAAAGUUGCAAUAGAUUCAGUUCCAAAAGGUCAAAAGGAGUUCAAAGUCGUGAUUAAUGCUGAUCGAAAACCUUCUGAUGAACAUAAAGGCCGCUUUAAUGCUCCUCAAGCUAGGGAAGUAGCUGUCCUUAUCGUUGGGCAGGAUUUUGAAAAACGAGAUAUCGUUCUCCAAAGCAGAAGCAAUCAAGUCGUGCGAAUCAGCGAUACACACCGUGCUUAUGAUGCUUUGCAAUACCUAUUGAUGUUUUGUUAUGGAGAAGAUGGAUAUCACAUUAAUAUUCCGAAGCGUGAUGAGAAGACUAAGACUCCUCUCAAUAAAACCGUGUCAGCUUCAGAAUUUUACAGCUUCAGGAUUAUGGAACGCGAUGGUGAAGAAGGUUGCUUAUUAUUAUUUCGUAAUCUUUUAAAUCAAUUUUUAGUAGACAUAUAUGCCAAAAUUGAGACUGAACGACUUAACUGGAUCCGUAAUAACCAAAAAAAGCUGAGAAGUGAGGAAUAUGUUCAUUUAAAGGAUGCUUUGAUGAAAAAUGAUGGACAAUCAUCAACUAUCGGAAAAAUGGUUGUGUUACCUUCUUCUUUUACUGGUGGACCCCGUUAUAUGCAUGAGCGAACUCAGGAUGCAAUGACAUAUGUUCGACAUUAUGGACGGCCAGAUUUGUUUAUUACUUUCACCUGCAAUCCCAAGUGGCCAGAAAUAACAGAGCUUUUGCGUCAAGGUCAAAAAUCACAUGAUCGACAUGACAUUGUAGCGAGAGUUUUUAAUGUAAAAGUAAAACAUAUGAUGAAGCUUCUUACAGUGGGUAGUAUUUUUGGUAAAACAAAAUGUCACAUGUACACUAUCGAAUGGCAGAAACGUGGACUUCCUCAUGUUCACAUUCUACUGUGGUUGGAAGAAAAAAUAAGAUCUGAGUCUGUUGACCAAAUUAUAAGCGCUGAAUUACCUGAUCCUAACCUAGAUCCAGAUCUUUUUGAAAUCAUAAAAUCAACCAUGAUUCAUGGUCCAUGUGGUUCUUUCAACUCAAAGUCACCCUGUAUGGUUGAAGGAAAGUGUACUAAAAGAUAUCCUGAGGCAUUGUUAAAAGAAACUGUCACUGGAGACGAUGGCUAUCCUCAGUAUCGCAGACAAUCUCCAGCAGAUGGUGGAAUGAAAAUAACCCUUAACGGAGUUGAAGUUGACAAUAGAUGGGUAGUCCCGUACAAUCCCGUUCUGUCCCGUACUUUUAAAGCUCAUAUUAAUGUGGAAUAUUGUAAUUCUGUUAAGUCUAUUAAAUACAUUUGUAACUACCUUAAUAAAGGAUCUGACCAAGCAGCGUUUACCGUUGAGGAUUUUGAUGAGGUGAAAAAGUACCAAGCAGGACGUUACAUUAGUAGUUCUGAAGCGGUUUGGCGCAUACUUUGUUUUUCUAUUCAUGACAGAUUUCCUUUUGUCAUUCAUCUUGCUGUACAUCUUGAAAACGGUCAACGAGGUUACUUCACAGAAGGAAAUGUAAUUGAUAAAGUUGUUAAUCCACCAAAGACAACUCUAAUGGCUUUUUUUGAACUUUGCAACUGUGAUAAUUUUGCAAAAACUCUUUUAUACUUUGAAGUUCCGGCUUACUAUGUAUGGAAGAACAACCACUUUGAAAGGUGGAAAAAAGGUAAGGAUGUUCCAGGUUAUUUAGGAGUUAAGAAAGAUCAUGUUUUAGGUAGAGUGUAUACCGUUCAUCCCGGUAAUGCCGAGUGUUAUUAUCUGCGUCUUCUAUUACAUCAGAUUCGAGGUCCAGUAUCAUUUUCUGCUUUAAAAACUGUUAAUGGAGUAAUUCAGCCAACAUUUCAAGCAGCAUGUAGAGCACUAGGUCUUCUCGAAGAUGAUGCUAAUUGGGAUCACACUCUAGAAGAAGCUUGCAUCUCUGAUUCUCCGUUCAAAAUCCGUGAGCUGUUUGCCAUCAUGUUAGUUUUUUGUCAUGUUGGCGACCCACAGAAAUUAUGGGAGAAAUACCGAGACAAUUUUUCUGAAGAUAUUAGGAGAGAGAUAGAACGAGAAGAUGGAAAUGUCGAGCUGAUGCUUGACAUUAUUUACAACAAAUGCCUCAAUUUGAUUGAAGAUAUUGUUAUAUCAAUGUCGGGAAAGACACUUCUUCAGUUCGGUCUCCCCUCCCCAUCACGAGAGGAAAGAUUUAUUUUCACCAAUCGUCAAUAUCUGAAUGAAUUGGCUUAUGACACUACCUAUUUGAAUGAAUUUGUAGCUGAAAAUGUUCCUAAGUUAAACUUAGAACAGAAAAAAGUUUACAGUAAAAUUUUGAAUUCGAUUAUUUCUAAUUCUGAGCAAUUAUAUUUUCUUGAUGCUCCAGGUGGCACUGGAAAAACUUUUUUAAUCAAUUUGUUGCUCUCAAAAAUUAGAAGUGAGAAAAAAAUUGCUAUAGCUGUUGCUUCCUCAGGAAUUGCUGCGACUUUGAUUGAUGGAGGCAAAACAGCUCACUCUGCAUUUAAAUUACCUCUAAAUUUGUGUCAUUCUGAGUCCCCACUUUGUAACAUCUCUAAACAAAGUGAUAUAGCUCAUGUACUAAGAGAAACAAAAAUAAUUAUCUGGGAUGAGUGCACAAUAGCUCACAAAAAAGCUAUUGAAGCUCUGAACAGAACGCUCCAAGACAUCAGAGGUUGCAACCAACUUAUGGGAGAAGUAGUUGUUCUCUUGGCUGGUGACUUCAGACAAACAUUGCCUGUUGUACCACGAGGAACACGCGCUGAUGAAAUUUAG